AUGCAAGAUUGUGGUGACCCGACACCUGUCAAUGGCAAAGCAAGUACACCAUUCAGCACAACAUUCGGUGAAACAGUAAUGAUAUCGUGCAAUCCUGGAUACAACCGUAAUGGCUCUUCUUCUCUAACUUGCCAACAUACCGGCUGGAGUGAUACCCCAACAUGUGAUAUACAAGAUUGUGGAGACCCAUCACCAGAAAAUGGAACGGCUAAUGCUCUGACAGGUACCACAUAUGGAGAGACGGCUGUCAUAAUCUGUGACAACGGGUACAUACUUCAAGGGCAUGAGCAUAUUAUUUGUACAGAUGGCGGCUACUGGAGUGAUAAUCCAACUUGCUUGAAAGUUUGUGAAGACCCGACUCCAAAUAACGGUUCAGCUUAUACUCCGGAUGGUACAACAUAUGGCGAGACAGCCUUCAUUAGCUGUGAUGACGGGUACAUACUGCAAGGAGAGGAGCAUAUUACAUGUAAAGACGGUGCAACAUGGAGCUCGUUUCGUCUAGUUUGUGAAGACCCGACUCCAAAUAACGGUUCAGCUUAUACUCCGGAUGGUACAACAUAUGGCGAGACAGCCUUCAUUAGCUGUGAUGACGGGUACAUACUGCAAGGAGAGGAGCAUAUCACAUGUGAAGACGGUGCAACAUGGAGCGUAAAUUCUACCUGCUUACGAGUAUUUCAAUCAGAUUGUGGCGACCCGACACCUGUCAAUGGCAGAACAAGUACACCAUUUAGCACAACAUUCGGUGAGACAGUAACAAUAUCAUGCAAUCCUGGUUACAACCUUACUGGGUCUUCCUUUUUAACUUGCCAACAUAUCGGAUGGAGUGAUACCCCGACAUGUGAUAUAAAAGAUUGUGGAGACCCAUCACCAGAAAAUGGAACGGCUAAUGUUCUGAGCGGUACUACUUAUGGGGAGACGGCUAUCAUAAUCUGUGACAACGGGUACAUACUUCUAGGGGAUGAGCAUAUUAUUUGUACAGAUGGCGGCUACUGGAGUGAUAAUCCAACUUGCUUGAAAGAUUGUGGUGACCCAACACCUAUCAAUGGCAAAACCAGUACCCCGUUCGGCACAACAUUCGAUGAAACAGUAACAGUAUACUGUAAUCCUGGUUACAACCUUACUGGGUCUACUAAUCUUACAUGUCAGCAUACCGGGUGGAGUGAUACACCAACAUGUAAUAUACAAGUUUGUGAAGACCCGACUCCAGACAACGGUUCAGCUUAUACUCCGGAUGGUACAACAUUUGGCGAGACAGCCUUCAUUAGCUGUGAGGACGGGUACAUACUGCAAGGAGAGGAGCAUAUCACAUGUGAAGACGGUGCUACAUGGAGCGUAAAUUCUACUUGCUUACGAGAUUGUGGUGACCCAACACCUAUCAAUGGCAAAACUAGUAUCUCGUUCGGCACAACAUUCGAUGAAACAGUAACAGUAUACUGUAAUCCUGGUUACAACCUUACUGGGUCUACUUAUCUUACAUGUCAGCAUACCGGGUGGAGUGAUACACCAACAUGUAAUAUACAAGUUUGUGAAGACCCGACUCCAGACAACGGUUCAGCUUAUACUCCGGAUGGUACAACAUUUGGCGAGACAGCCUUCAUUAGCUGUGAGGACGGGUACAUACUGCAAGGAGAGGAGCAUAUCACAUGUGAAGACGGUGCUACAUGGAGCGUAAAUUCUACUUGCUUACGAGAUUGUGGUGACCCAACACCUAUCAAUGGCAAAACUAGUAUCCCGUUCGGCACAACAUUCGAUGAAACAGUAACAGUAUACUGUAAUCCUGGUUACAACCUUACUGGGUCUACUAAUCUUACAUGUCAGCAUACCGGGUGGAGUGAUACACCAACAUGUGAUAUAAAAGAUUGUGGAGACCCGACUCCAGAUAACGGUUCAGCUUAUACUCCCGGUGGUACAACGUAUGGCGAGACAGCCUUCAUUAGCUGUGAUGAAGGCUACAUACUGCAAGGAGAGGAACAUAUCACAUGCGAAGACGGUGAAACAUGGAGCGUAAAUUCUACUUGUUUGCGAGGUAUUGUUACUUUGCUUAAAGCCAACAAUAAUAACAUUUAUUGA